GCACGUGUCGUCACUCACUUUGGUUUUUACGCCAUUUUGAAUGCGAAGGGCGAAUCAUUUUGUUCUUUCGAGCAGUUGCAGCGAAUAUUCGCUCUUUAAUAGCAGAGCGGGGAUUUCUAAGCGAAAGGCGCCAUAGGAUAACAGGCAAACAUUCCAGUACGCCUGAUUUGCGUGGCGCAAAACAGCAGUGAGUUGAACGCAGAAACCUUGCGACAGUUUUGCAGACAGCAUCUUGGCAGCAGCGAUUGCAGCAAUAGCCUGUGCAGUGAUUCAAUAUAUCUGGUGAGCGCUCUGACAGUAGGCAUUGAAUUUGAGAGAUUGCAAAGCGCCUAUUCCGUUUAUCAGGCUCAAAUCUGUUGAAACUACCCAGUUUUAAAAGAAAUGUCCCAGAGCUCUGAAAACAAAAACGACACCAACAAUAACGCUACUGGAAGAAGCCAAGAAGGGACCAACGACUCAAUCUGCCGUGAUUAUCAGCGUGGUGUUUGCUCGCGUGGGUCAAAGUGCAAAUUCAAUCAUCCAGACGGCAUGGGUACUGAGGUCACAAAUAGUCCAAUGAUUUGCCGAGAUUUCCAAAAUGGAAAAUGUAACCGUUCAACUUGCAAGUACUUGCACCUAUCCAACAAUGAGGAGAAGAUAUUUUUACGCACUGGUCAGAUGCCACCAAGACGUGAUGGUCCUAUGCCUUCUAGAGGUGAGCAAACACGUGCAGGACCAAGUGAUCCCAUUUGCAAAGAUUACUUAAACAGGAAAUGCUCUCGAGGGCAAGGCUGUCGUUAUCGCCAUGUGUUGGAAGAGGAUCAAGGAGAUUUUGGAGGUUAUGGGUUUGAUGGUCAUCCUAGCAAACGUCGCCGUGACUCAUAUGAUGGCCAAAACUUCUAUUACCUCAUGGAUGAAAAUGAAUCAUUGCGACGCAGGGUUGCUGAUCUCCAAAAGCAAGUUGCUGACCUCAAAGCCACAAAUGAAGUUCUUUUGGAGCAAAAUGCAAAGUAUCGCAAUCAGAUAGGUGAACGUGGAAGCUACAAUGGUAGUGGAGGUAGCAGUGCAAGGCCUGGAGAUUAUUCCUCAAGCUUCAGUUCCAGUCAGUCAUACAGCACCUCUUAUCCACCACGAGAAACCUAUGCUUCAAAGGAUGCAUACAGUGGCUAUGGUUCUGGAAAAGAUCAGUAUUCUUCCUCUACUCAGAGUGGUAGUACCUCAUUUGGUGCAUCAGGAAAUUACACUUCUAACUCGGCGUAUGGGACCAAUUAUACCAAGUUUGAUUAGUACUCAACAGUUCAUGUUACAGGACCUUGAGCUGUUUUUUUUCCCUGACAGUGAUGGGUGUUGGCUGAUAGAAAAUUGCUUUGUCUGUGUCUUUUGUGUCAGCCAGUAACUUUAAUUUGCACCAAGUUACAAUAGCAUAAGAAGUAGUUCAGAGCUUCAUUGUUUGGAAUGGAAUGGAAGUUUCUGAGGCAAUCUGGGUUUUUAUUAUGUGACUGCAUGAACUUACAGUCAAUGCAAGUAGAAAGCAUCCAUCCUGGGUGUUUGUUUAAACUGUUCUCUCUUUUCAACAUGGUUGAAGAACAUUUUUAGGUUGAUAUUUUGCUAUAGACAUUUAUGCAGUGUUUUUAUAAAUAUAUAUGACAAUGGGAUAACUAUUUGAGUUAUAUUUUAUUGUGAUUUAAUAAUAAGCGUCCCUUAAAAUUGGUGCACAAAGGGGUUUAUUGUUGUGUUCACUAAGCACACAUUACCACUGACAAGUGGUGUUGGGUUCUUAGCUUGCAUAUUCUUAAUAGGCAUAGACCUCACCACUUUAACCCUCUUUGGGACUGCUUGUUUAUUUUGGAACCUUCAGUGAUACAAACAUAUGUUUUGUGUGUAUAAUGAGGUGCACACAAGCAGCUCCCAGUUGUUCAUUAUAGUAGCAAACCUAUGUAAGCACAGACACUUGAUUACAGAAGUAACACUAAUUUUUGUCAUCAGCUUUGCCUCUGUACAUGGAAAUGUAUACUUCGUAGAACUUAUGUUGACUUUUUUGUGUGUUUAUUUCAACCUCGAUUAACUUGAUCUGCGAACCAUUUUUUAACAUGUACUGCAUGUCCCCUCAUCUUUGAUUUUGCAUCAAUACUGCUUUAAUAAGACACGUGUAUCUCUUUCAAAGGUAAUUGCAAUUAAAGCAUUUUAGGUGAAAACACUUUACCAAAAAAAACAGUCAUUACAAUGUUUUCAAGUGUAUUGUCAAUGUGUAUUGGCUCAUUAAAGUGGAAGUUUUCAUGCCUUUCGUA